GAACGAUCAUAAUUACGUCAAAUAAGCGUCUUCGUUGUCAUUUACUUCCCUAGGUAUUUACAACAUUAUUUACACAUUGCUUACGUCUCAUAAAUCUACGGGUUGUGAUCUCGGUGCUUUUAUUUUAAGAGACUCUACUGUACCUACUACACCUGCAUAGUGAAACCAUACUCCUUAGAGCAGAGUAGGGUUUUAGCGCUCGACAUUCCUGCCUAUCUGGGACUCUUGGCCGGAUGUGCUGGCUUGGCCUGCUGAGCAUCACCCACGAUUGGCAAGGGGAAGGAGGCUUUUUUUAACGUCUCCUAUAGAUUGGAGAUAUAAUUUAGGUAUGUUACCUAAAAGGGCACAUGUCCAACCUAUUUUUACCCACGUCAUUGAUAUCUAUGUCGGGAUUAGAAGACGGCAAUCUGCAUUUCCCAUAUUGAUAAACUUACAGCAAACGAUUUGUUGACAAUCUCUCCUUUUUUACCCAGCCUACAGUAUAUCCUCAUAAAUCUAACAUUGAUUACAAGUUAACUACUUGGAAUUGCGUGUCAUACUGCUAGCAUCGAAGCCCAAUGGCUUCUUCUAAUGGUUAUGGGGCUCUGCCCAAUAACUCAAGAUCAAAUGCCCGUGGCGACGAGGAGCAGCCCCUACUAGGCGGCAGCAACACGACAUCGAAAUCGGCGAUAUGGCAAAAACGCCUAACGACGGACGUGCGCCGUGACUGGGCUGAUUUAAUUCUACUUGCUUGCUAUAUCAUCACCGGCCUGCUCGAUAGUGCUUCGAUAUCAACAUGGGGUUCUUUCGUAUCGAUGCAAACGGGCAACACGGUAUACUUCGGCCUCGGCAUCGCCGCCCCUCACGAAUCAACACGAUGGAUAAAAUCCGGGACCUCACUAGGCUGUUUCUGCAUCGGCUCCAUCUUCUUCAGCGCGCUCCACCGGAUCCCCGCCCCAUCCCCCAAACGCCGCUGGGUCCUCUGCACCUCCUUCGCGCUCCAAACCCUCUUCGUAGCAGCCGCAGCCGCAAUCCUAACCUUCGGCCCACAGACCAGCGCCGAGCUGCGCAAAGAAUCCAUCGACUGGCCCGUGCUCGUCCCCAUCGCGCUCGUCGCGUUCCAAAGCUGCGGACAGGCGGUCGCGAGUCGCGCUUUGAAGUACAAUGCCUUGACUAGUGUUGUCUUGACUAGUAUUUACUGUGAUUUGUUUUCUGAUGCCGAGUUACUCGCCCCGCGGAACCCGGAACGGAAUCGCAGAGUCGGGGCCCCGGUUUUGUUGCUCAUUGGUGCUGUGCUUGGUGGCGUGUUGGCUAGGAGUACUGUUGGUGCUGCGGGUGUGCUUUGGAUCGCCGCGGCGAUGAAGUUAUUAGUUGUGUUUGCGUGGCUGUCUUGGCCUGCUGAGAAGGAGUAGGUGUGACAUCAUAGAUGUUUGUUGAUAUACCUGGGUAAUUAUGUUGUAGUGGGGGGGUUACCGUGGAGUACACGCUAUAGAUGUGGUCUUGGGGGCAUUAAAACGACGUUUAGAGGUCACCUAGAUUACUAGAUCAUUUGCAGCUGUAAUG